AUGUCAGACGAGGAAGGCACUUCAAGCUCAACCACAACCAACGCCUCCGAGUUAACGCUUCCUCAUUUCUGGCCCAAAAACCCCAGGGUGUGGUUCAGCCAAAUCGAGGCCCGCUUCCACCUUCGACGCAUCACAUCGCAGGAGUCGAAAUACCUCCACGUCAUUGCAGCACUGCCACCUGACAUCGCUGACGCCGUAGACGAUGUGCUCGCCUCCAUUCUAUCGAAGGAGGCCUACGACGAACUAAAAAGCACCGUCCUGAAACGUAUUGAGGUGUCCGAACAGAUAAGGCUGCAACAACUUUUGUCUCAUGAACAGCUCGGUGACCAGCGUCCCUCGCAACUACUCCACCGAAUGCGUCAGCUGCUAGUACAGGCGUCAGAGGAGCGUCAACAGCCAUUGCUUCGGGAGUUGUUUUUGCAGAGACUGCCACAGUCAACACGGAUGAGACUCGCUGGCUCGGACGACGUGACUCUCGAGCAUCUGACUCAACUCGCCGACCGCAUCAUCGACUGCAGCGCUUCACUUUG